AGUAGGUCCGAGUCGAUAACAGGUAUUUAAGGAUAAUACGGAUCUCCCUCUCCCCCUUCAACGAUCCUUCAACUUCGUUCUGACCCUCUUCGCUUUUCUGUCUGUGUAACAUACACUCCCUAAUUUCAUAACACAUAUACCUAGGUGUUGACGACAUUUGCCCUACCGCGAAAAUGGUGCAUUUAGCAAGGGUACCUACCGAGGUAGAAGUCAAAAACAACAACUUGCCCGAAGCUGUCAAGAAGAUCAGUCUCCAACUCAGCAACGAUGAAGAUAGCUUCACAACUAGCGUCUACGGCUCCAAAUUCGCCGCCGAGGAUCUCCCCAAGCACGAGAUGCCCGAGGGUGAAAUGCCCAAGGACAUUGCAUACCGCAUGAUCAAAGAUGAAUUGAGCUUGGACGGCAACCCGAUGUUGAAUCUCGCCUCGUUCGUUACGACUUACAUGGAAGAAGAAGCUGAGAAGCUCAUGGCUGAGAGCUUUUCGAAGAACUUCAUUGAUUACGAGGAGUACCCCCAAUCGGCCGAUAUCCAGAACCGAUGUGUGUCUAUGAUCGGUCGGCUUUUCAAUGCGCCUGUGGAUGGCACUGAGGGCGGUGGUGCUGUGGGUACCUCAUGUGUUGGUAGUUCCGAGGCUAUCAUGCUGGCCGUCCUCGCCAUGAAGAGGCGUUGGAAGAACAAGCGCCAGGCCGAUGGCAAGUCCACCGAGCACCCCAACAUCGUCAUGUCCUCAGCUGUUCAAGUCUGCUGGGAGAAAGCUACACGAUACUUCGAGGUCGACGAGAAGCUCGUCUACUGCACACCCGAUCGCUUCGUUAUCGACCCCAAGGAGACUGUCGACCUUGUUGAUGAGAACACAAUUGGUAUUUGUGUCAUCCUAGGUACUACCUACACCGGCGAGUAUGAAGACGUUAAGGGCGUCAAUGACUUACUCGUGGAGAGGGGUCAUGAUGUCCCUAUCCAUGUUGAUGCAGCCAGUGGUGGCUUCGUCGCGCCAUUCGUCGUUCCCGACUUAGAAUGGGAUUUCCGAUGUGAGAAGGUCGUUUCUAUCAACGUUUCCGGUCACAAGUACGGUCUAGUCUACCCCGGUGUCGGUUGGGUCGUAUGGCGAGAUGCAAAAUUCCUACCUCAAGAACUCGUCUUCAACAUCAACUAUCUCGGAGCCGACCAAUCUUCCUUCACCCUCAACUUCUCCAAAGGCGCAAGUCAAGUCAUCGGUCAAUACUACCAACUAAUCCGCCUCGGCAAGAAGGGUUACCGCGCUAUCAUGUCCAACCUAACCCGUACCGCUGACUACCUCUCCGAAGCGCUCACCGCACUAAACUUCGUAAUCAUGAGCAAAAAAUCCGGCGAAGGUCUACCCCUCGUCGCCUUUCGCCUGCCGGAUCUACCCGAAGGCGCACCAGAACGGACCUACGAUGAAUUCGCACUGGCGCACAAGCUACGCGCGCGCGGGUGGGUAGUCCCCGCGUACACGAUGGCGCCGCAUACAAACGACUUAAAAAUGCUGCGUGUGGUCGUGCGCGAGGACUUUACUAAGAACCGAUGCGACGCGCUGAUUUCUGAUAUCCGGUAUUGCCAGCAGUUGCUUGAUCAGCUGGAUAAGGAGGGUAUUGCGCGACAGGAGGAGUUUAUUCGUAAGCAUGCUAUGAAUAGUGGACAGGCUAAGCAUAAUCAUCCCCGUUUCCGCAAAGAGAAGCAUUCGAUCCAGGGUAAACACGGGAAGACGCAUUCCAUUUGCUAGAACCUGCCUCCCUACCCAAGCGCCUGGGGGUAUUUCGGUGUCUUCGAAUUUAUCAGUGGUAUGAAAAGGCAGUGAUAUAGUAGAAGCAUGGGCCAAAUUAGACGGACAUAUAGAAUUCCUUAUGGAAACAAUUUCUCGUAGGAGGGUUGCAUGAUCAUGACGGAUAUUAUGACGGAUGAGUGGCGAUGAUGUUUACCCCUUUUCUUAUACCUAGAGGGCAGCCGAUAAGAAUAAGAAAAAAAUCUUUUAAAUAUCAAAUAAAUACGACUGUCUUCCUGUUGCUAAAACUAU